AAAAGAAGGUAAUAGAUAAUGAACUCAUUAUAACAAAGGCAGAUAAAGGUAAUUGCAUUAUUCUGAUGUCGAGGGUGGAUUAUAGAGAGAAAGUCUACCAUCUACUUAAUGAAAACAAAUUUCACGAAUUACCGUAUAACCCGACCAACAAAUUCAUAGCCAAGAUGAAGUUGACUUUAAAAACCUGUCAAGAAGCUUCACACUUGUUAAACCCCAGUAGACAAAAUAUCCUCCCGAUGAACCCCACAACCCCACUCCUUUAUUGCUUACCUAAAAUCCAUAAACCCAAUUGCCCGGUCAGACCUAUUGUAUCCUUCACAGGUUCCCCGGCCUCCAAGUUGUCUCACAUGUUUUCUACCUUUCUCCCAUCAUGUUUGAAGUUUGAAAGCACGUUUUCGAUUAAAAAUUCGUUAGAGCUUUCUUCUAGGUUGGUGAACUUUGCUAUUCCUUCGGAUUGCGUGCUCGUUUCUUUUGAUGUCGUUAACCUUUUCCCUAGUAUUCCUCCAGAUGAAUGUUUGGAGAUAGUACGACAAUUACUCUUUGAAAAAUCUGGCCUUCACACUCAUGUAAUUUUAGAUUUGUGUACUUUAUUAGACCUUGUCCUUAAACAGAAUUUCUUUCAGUUCGAGAAUAAAUAUUACUGUCAAGUUGAUGGGUUGUCUAUGGGUUCCAGCAUAUCACCGUUUUUAUCCGAAGCAUUCAUGUCAAAAUUUUUAGGGGCACCCAUGGUCAACUGAUGAGUUUCCUCGACUUGUUGAAUAGUCUUCACCCCUCCAUCAA